AUGACACGUCACCAAACACAUCUACCAUUUCAUAUUGUACAAGAGGGAAACUCAACUGACAAACCACCGUACAGCUAUGUGGCACUUAUUGCGAUGGCUAUUGAAGCAUCGCCUGAUAAGCGAAUGACGUUGAAUCAGAUUUAUAAGUUCAUCGAAGCGAAGUUUCCUUAUUACCGUGAUUGUGAUGCGAAACGGAAACAAGGAUGGCAGAACAGCAUUCGUCAUAAUUUGUCUUUAAAUGACUGUUUUGUCAAAAAGGCAAGAGAUGGGCAAUCAUGUGCCAAUGAUAGAAAAGGCAAUUAUUGGCAAAUGGUGGCUGAUAACGCACCACAAUUUGAUAAUGGCAAUUUUAAAAGAAGGCGAGUCAAAAGAAUGGGAAUCUCGAAAAUGGGCUAUCCGAACAACAACAACAACAAUGAAACACCGGAUUCGGCAGUGGAUCAAGGAGCCCUUCUGCCUCAACAAAUUCCAUUUUUCAACGGAUUGAAAUGGCCACAAAAUAUUCAAACCAUGGAGGCGUUUCAGUUUUUCAAGUUCCCCUACCCAACAGCCCCAAUCGAUCCAUCAUCCAACUCCACGAGCUCCUCUUCCAUGGCAUCCGUUACCUUCGACACCUCCCUCUACACAUUCCCAACCAUCCCAACCACCCAUUUCGACACCUCUCUUGUGGCUCCGCCCCCGAUACCAGCGGUCCCUUCGGAAGAAUCUUCUUUGAUCAAAGAUGGCGGAUUGGCAGAGAUGAAACCGUUGAUUCCAGGAAUCUCGAGCUCUAGCUUCUUCACGAGUCUCGGUCAGAUGACAACGGAUUCAAGGACUGUUGAGCAGCAGCAACUCCUCUCCACGGCCGCUUCCAACAUGUACCCCAACGCAUUCAUGUCCCCAUACACACCAUGGUCGUGUCAACCGACCACAACCUUCUCCGGACUCGCUUUCGACGAUCCAUCACUUUAUGGUUAUGGUCAACAAUUUCCAGCUUCUUCCUAA